AUGGAGACGAGGAUAGUGAAAGUCCCCAGCAAGGGGUCCCUGGGACAGUUUCGACCUGGUGAUGGUCUCGCUAAGCUGGAUCACUGGGAAGUUUACUGUGAGAACAAGACAGCUCUCGAGGCUCUAGAACAUGCUGCCCACGAGUUACGGACCAAGGAUACGCCUGUCGCUUUCCCUACUGAGACUGUUUAUGGCCUGGGCGCAGAUGCGACUCGAACACCUUCAGUCAAGGGCAUCUAUUCUGCAAAGGGAAGACCUUCAGACAACCCUCUUAUCUCUCACGUUUGCGAUCUGGAGAUGUUGCGACAGUACAUUGGCUACACAGACGAAACUCAAGACCCUAUACCAGAGCGAUACAGGGCUUUAAUAGAGCGCUUCUGGCCUGGACCUCUGACUAUUUUACUUCCUAACCCUGUACCAUCAAAGCUGGCGCCUGAAGUUACUGCAGGGCUGAAGACCUUUGGCAUGCGAAUGCCUUCUUCACCCCUUGCUCUCUCCCUCAUCAAGCUUGCUGGUGUUCCCCUGGCAGCGCCCUCCGCCAACGCCUCUACUAAGCCUUCACCUACAGCAGCCCAGCAUGUAAAGGAUGACCUCGAUGGAAGAAUCGAACUUAUUCUAGACGGUGGACACUGCCAUGUCGGCGUGGAAAGCACUGUAGUGGACGGAUUGUGUGAUCCUCCCGUUGUGCUGCGACCUGGAGGCAUUGGAAUGGACGAGCUACGAACUUGCCCUGGCUGGGAAAAUGUAACGAUAGCCUACAAAGACAAGAGCGAAGAGGGAAAAGCAGCACCACGGGCGCCGGGAAUGAAGUACAAGCAUUACAGCCCCAAGGCCACAGUGGUGCUUUAUGAGUCGAGUUUCAAAAAGGGAGGUGAUGGGAUCUCCCUAUCCGACUUUGAGGCCGCUAAUGAGGCAGUCAACGGCCAUGCUACAAAUGGCGAUCGAAAGAAGAGAAGAAUCGGUGUCAUUCGCACCCAGCGAUGGAAGUCAGGGGCUGGACUGCGAUGCGCCAACUUCCACCACCUCACCAACGUGAAGGCUGCCGAUGAGCAGGAUGAUUCGCCAUUCCAAGUAUACGAGGGCGAUCUAUUGGACGACAAGGAGCAACCCAUAGGAACAAUCCUGGAUAUUGAUUUGGGCCAAGGCACUGAAGGGAUCGCGCGAGGUCUUUUUGCAGCGCUGAGGGAGUUUGAUCGACGAGGCGCAGACACCAUUUUUGUUGAUGGCAUAGAAGAUAAAAGCGACAUUGCUGCAGCGGUCAUGAACCGACUGCGCAAAGCGGCGUCAGAGACUAGAGCAUGA